UGGCUGGGAAUGAAUGCUUUAGUGAGAUACCGAGUGGCCCGUGUCGGCAUUCCCUGUAUUUGGAGAAGAAAAUGCUUCAGCUCCGGGAAUGAGCCUGCAGAAAGCAACCGGGUGACGCCGAUGCUGCGGCAUCUUAUAUAUAAAAUAAAGUCUACAGGUCCUAUCACUGUGGCUGAGUACAUGAAGGAGGUUUUGACCAAUCCAGUCAAGGGAUAUUAUGUACACCAUGAUAUGCUUGGAGAAAAAGGAGACUUCAUUACUUCACCUGAAAUAAGUCAACUCUUUGGGGAGCUGCUGGGGAUAUGGUUUGUUAGUGAAUGGAUGACCUCUGGGAAAAACACAGCUUUCCAGCUGGUGGAACUGGGUCCAGGUCGGGGGACCCUCACUGGAGAUGUUUUGAGGGUGUUCAGUCAGCUUGGGUCUGUGCUAAAAAACUGUGACAUUUCAGUACACCUAGUAGAGGUGAGCCAAAAAUUAAGUGAGAUUCAAGCAUUGACACUGACUGAGGAGAAGAUCCCUUUGGAGAGAGAUGCUGAAUCCCUGGUGUAUAUGAAAGGGGUCACCAAAUCUGGGAUUCCAGUCUCCUGGUACCGAGAUCUGAAGGAUGUUCCUAAAGGAUACAGCUUUUAUCUCGCACAUGAGUUUUUUGAUACGCUCCCCGUGCAUAAAUUUCAGAAAACACGUCAAGGAUGGAGAGAAGUGCUUGUUGAUAUCGACCCACAAGUUUCUGAUAAACUGAGGUUCGUCUUGGCACCUUGUACAACCCCAGCAGAAGCCUUCAUACAACAUGAUGAGCAAAGGGACCAUGUGGAAGUAUGUCCUGAUGCUGGGGUUAUUAUACAGGAACUUUCCCAACGCAUUGCAUUAACUGGAGGUGCUGCCCUGAUUGCUGACUACGGCCAUGAUGGAACAAAGACAGACACCUUCAGAGGAUUUUGUGGACACCAGCUUCAUAAUGUCUUAAUUGCUCCGGGAACAGCUGAUCUGACAGCAGAUGUUGACUUCAGUUACCUGCACAGAAUAGCACAAGGGAAAGUAGCCGCUCUGGGUCCUGUAGAGCAACGGACAUUUUUAAAAAACAUGGGCAUUGACAUCCGGCUGAAGGUUCUUUUAGAUAAAGCAGAUGAGCCAUCCAAGAAGCAGCAGUUACUUUGGGGCUAUGACAUGUUAAUGAACCCUCAGAAGAUGGGAGAAAGAUUCAACUUCUUUGCCUUGCUACCCCAUCAGAGACUUCAUGAUGCAAGUCAAGAAAGGAAUGCCCACCAGUCAAAAACCCCCACAUCAUCUAUUGCUGGGUUUGAUGAACUUGUUUGGCAAUGAUAUGUCAGCUGGGACUUUUUAUUCCAGUGUGCUUUAAAAGAUCAAAAUAAAAGAAACUCAUUUUGUAUAUUGAAGGUAAUGUCAAUGUUCAAACUAUCUCUUUGUAGUCAAUAAAACAGACCCUUUUA